AUGAAUAUGCCACGGUGAGCCGUCCGAGAACUUUCAUUUAUUUUUCCACAUUUCCCUGGUCUGUUGAUAUAAUUAUUUUUCUCGCUCACUCCAUCUCUCUGUUUCCGCCCCCGUUAGUUUCCUUCACUGCCCCAACGACCCGUCUCUUCUCUGCUAAGUACUUAAUCGUAUUGAAUCGCCGCAAUUCACCAACAAGCGCAAAUUCGUGUUGUCCGAUCACAGCACAGAAGAGUUCUGCGAUGGCGACAGUCGGGCACUCCAGUUGAUGACGACGCAACAAUUUGAGACAGACUAUUUUUCCAGCACGCGAGUGGAAGCAGUAAGGCACGAUGGUCAAAGUUGAUAACACAUAUUUGACCUGAAGUGGAAAGCUCUUCUUCAUUUUGUUGGCGGACGUCUCCGGCUUGGAUUUUAUCACUUGUCUCUUCUUGAGUCACGACCGGGAACCUUCAUUUUAUUAGGCUAAUGAACUAAGAAAGGUUUUGGGCUCUUCACGCGGCGCUACAUAGUCGAAUUGGAGGGCUUUAUUCGCCGUGUGAAUUAGUCAUCUAUCGGGACUUUGAACAGUCCCGUUCCAAGACAUCCCCAGGCUGAGCGCGCGACGCCUUUUAAGACGCUCAAACGAGUGCGGAGCCGUGGGCCUGAAGUGCGCUCACACAGGUGGGGAAUUCCCAGGUGAACCGCGCCGCCUCUGAAUAACAAUGAACGGUGUCCACAACGUAUCGGCGCCGGAUCUGUCAAACUCGUAAAGGGACCCUGACAACCGGGACCGUGCAUGGGAUAAAGUAGGGUCGCAUCGGCUGCCAAAAUGAGCAUUUAUUCUCACUUGUGGAGGAUUUUACAGAUACUCUUGGCGACCAUCGUCACGGUCGGCACGCAAGAGCUGGACAGUCAGGAGUUAGUGGACAGCCCAGACGGCUUGGUCCCCUUUCCCGUCUUCUUGCCGGUGAGCUUCCAGGUGCGUGACGUGGAAUUUCUCUUCUUGAAGGAGGCAGGCCAAGACAUCAUGCGCAACUCCAGCAUGCGCAGCAGCACGCAGGCCAUGCUGGUUGGCAGCGGCACUCCCCUGCCGCUCCUCAACGCCACCUACGGGCCACUCUUGGUACAGCGCACAAUCACACCUGACCUGCUAGGCCUGCCGACGCAACUCUUCCGGCCUUCCCCAGACGUCUCGUCAGCUGGAUGGCGCGUGCGCUGGCAUGUGCUGAGCCGCAGCGUAACCUCGCUGUCGCCACGGCUGCGCGUUCUCUUCUAUGUGGCGGGCCGGGACUGGGACCGCGGCGAGCGGGAACCGGGAGGGGCGGCCGACCAGCUGCCCUGCGUCACCGUCUUCGCAUUCUGGCAGACUCAGGAGGUACGUGCCUCGUGCUUGCUGAACGCCCGCAGGGGGACUUGCCUGGCCGCCCUGGAUCCCCCCGUCGGUUGGUUUAGCCCCACCGAGGGCAGCUCCAGCCGGGAGAGACUGAGCAUGGAGUCCACCUCCGCUCGCGGGAACACCAUGGAGCUCUACUACCAGGCCAGGCCCAGCGAGGAGGGCCAGUGUAGAGACACGGGUGGGAAAGGAGGAGCAGGACGAGGCGUGGGAGGAGGGAGGGGGCGGGAGAGGGUGCAGCUGCGGGCAGAGUACACACCCGUCACACCCAUGAGGAGGAUAGGGAGUGUGCGGCUGCUGCAGGAGGUGCAGGGAGUCGCUCCGGUGACCCAACUUCGACUGGGAGAGGCCAUUUUCAUCAAGACCUCGUCCAAGCCGCUCAAGCAGACGGACAUCGCCACCUUCUACGUGCUCAUCAGAAGCACCUCGCUACUGGACACCUUCACACUCAGAGCCACUCUAAAGAAAGGUGUGUCUUUUCGAACUGCCACACCUAGCAACACAUUGCUAUGGGACACCACAAUGGAUUCAAAUGCAGACGGUACCAUCGCAGUCAUUUGUCAACAGAGAUCCAGUCCAGCAGGGAAAAGGCCUAGCAGCAAACUGCUGGAGAUCCUUCAGAUGGACUUCGAGGUGGAGGAGCUCAGCACCCAGGCGGAGAGCCAGGUGAUCGCCUGGCAGCUGGUGUUGCCGGCGGACCUGCGGGCCGCGGGGCAGAUGGAGGGGACCAUGAGGAUCUACACCACCCAGAGGGACUUCAUUGGCCUGGCCCCACUCGUCCAGGACACUGAGAUCAGAAACACAGCCAUACUGACUGGGAAGAGGGUUGCCGUGCCUGUGCGGACUGUCGCCGUGGAGGCAGAUGGCUCAGUGACCGACAUCUCGGAUUUCACUGACUGCAGCUCUACUGAUGAAGAUGUCCUCAAGGUGUCAGACCGCUGUGACUAUGUGUAUGUGAACGGUAAGGAGCAGAGGGGGCGAGUGAGGAUGACGGUGAACUUCACCUACAGCUACCUGAGCGCCCAGCUGGAGAUGAGUGUGUGGGUCCCACGGCUGCCCCUGCAGAUCGAGCUCUCCGACAACGAGCUCAGCCAGAUCAAGGGCUGGAGGAUCCCCAUACAGCCCACAAAGAGACUGGGCUGGAGCAGCGACGAGGACGACCGUAAAGGAAAAGGCUGCAUGCUUCAGUUCCAGCACGCCCUGGUGCGCGUCGUCACACACUUCGUGGCCGAGCCGUCGGAGGCGCGAAGCCCUCGCGAGCCGCUGGCCGUCUUCCUGGGCUCCGACUGGCAGGUGGACGUCACCAAGCUGGUGCGCUACUUCCUGAAGGUGGAGGACCCACGCAUCGCCAGGCUACAAGCCGGGAGGGUCCUGUCUGGAAAAGAUGUGGGCACCACCAAAAUACAGGUCUUCUCCCCGCUGUCGGACUCCAUCCUGGCGGAGAGAACGGUGCGCGUGCUGGACGAGCGUGUGAGCAUCACAGAGCUGGGGCUGCAGCUGGUCAGCGGCCUCUCUCUCAGCCUGCAGCUCAGCCCGGGAAGCAACAGGGCCGUCCUCGCCACGGCAACCACACAGGAGGAACUCAGCAGCCCCAAACAGGAGGCAGUGUUGAGUUCCUGGCUUCAGUUUAGUGACGGCUCUCUCACCCCACUGGAUUUCUACGACCCCACGCACUACCGGCUGUCCGUCACCUCCCUGGACGAGGGUGUGGUGUCCAUCCAAGGCGAGCCCCCGGCGGCGACUGUAGUGGCGGAGGGUGAGGGGCAGGGAGCACUGGUGCGGGUGGAGAUGGGCAUCUGCGAGGCCUGCCACAAGUCUAAGAGGAAGACAGUGUUGGCCGUCGGCCUAGGCAGUCUAAAGGUCAAGUUCCAGACUGGGAGGCAGCGUGUGGAUGCCGGGGGCAAUGGAACUAGCAAGGGGGGCAGCGGAACAGGUCUGGGAGGCGGGGCUACCAUUCCUCGGAAGGACAGUGGGAGUGACUACGGCAAUGACGGGGAGGAGGUGGGGGAGGGGGGCGGCGAACGGAAGCAGCCAGGCUCGGCGCGACUGGGUCCAGGGACGGAGCAGGACGUGGCAGCCAGCCCGGCGUCGGAGCGGGAGGAGAGUGCCAUGAGGAAGCUUAGCACCACUACCAAGCCCACCAUCAAGGACGGCACCGGUGGCAACUCCUCCGGAGACAUGGGCAAAGCCCCUGGCAACCUGGUGAACUACAACAACUUCCCGGUGGAGGUGCCAAAGAGCAUGGAGAAAGAGGCCAACGACAACAGCAGCAACAGCAAAAACAGCAAGGGUGAGGAGGAUGGGGAUGACGAUGGCCUGGGCUGGGAAAACCCUCUGGGUCUCCGUCCGCUCACCGACCUGGAGAUCGGCAUGUACGCGCUUCUGGGCGUCUUCUGUCUGGCCAUCCUGGUGUUCCUCGCUAACUGCAUCUCUUACCUGGUCAAGUUCCGACACAAGCAGGUGCCCACACAGGGCUCCGAGCCGGCGGGACACCGGCACGACUGGGUGUGGCUGGGCACGGACGCCGAGCUGGUGAUGAGCGUGCCGGGCAGCCCCAUGCAGCACGAGCAGCACCACCACCACGCCCAGCAGGCCACCACCGUCAUCGACAUCGACAAGACAGCCAGCCUCAGCCGCAGGAGCCACUGCCAGGCCCUGAGCUCCCCCACAGUCAACACCACUCAUGCUGCUGGGGGGCCAGCGGUGGGGGGGUGCCAUGGGGCUACGCUGUGUGGCAGGGGGGGCGGGGUGCGUGCCGACUCGCCCACCAGCAAGCGCAAGCGGGUGCAGUUCACCACCUUUGGCUCGCUGGACAGGCAGUCGCCUCACCUGUCCCCCCGGGAGAACGGCCUCGGGGGCAUCCACUGGGUGGGCAAGGAGGAGAGGGACUGCGGGGAGCCCGGGUGCGACAGAGGACGAGUGGGGUGCCACGAUGGCGAGUGUGAAAACCAAGUGCCCAACUCAGACUCUCUGGAGCAGCUUUAGUGUAUGAUGUGGGCGGCUGAAAAGGUAGUUUCAAAACUCAAAGAACAACUCAAAUGAAAUGAAAUGUUACACUUAGGAGCAACUAAUCAAAUUAUUACUGUCCCAUUUCAGCAGUUAUGGUCCAGAGAUAUGACUAAAGACAAGUUAUGACUGUCCUAAGUGCUACACGAAUCUAGGCCCAAAGAGAGAAAAACCCUUCAGUCGGUGGAAUGGUCACGAAGCUUUGCCAAUGUUGGCCAGUGUCUGUGAACUGCAACAGAGCGUGGCUGUUGAGGACGAAGGGCAAAGGGGAGACUGGAGGUUUGGGGGGUAAAACUCUUGUCUUUUUCAAGGGUGUUGACAGUGUGUCUCACCACCUCAAUGCCUUUCUGCACUGGGUACAGGAGGAUCAUGCUGAAGUCCUGCUAGCAGCGUGAGUGGAUAUGGCUUAUCAAUGCAUACUGCGCUACUGUUCAUAACAGAGGUUUGGGGGAUGAAACACACUAUUUCAACCAAGGCCUUCUAAAUGCUACUGAACUGUUAUUUCAUGAACUGUUAUUUCAUGACAUGUUACAAAUAGGGAAAAACACAGAACCAUAUACUUGUGGAUCUCCAUUUGUGUUAUCAGAUAUCAGUCGUCAGAGGCAAAGCUGAUCAGAACAAACUGUGAGUGUGUGUGUGUGAGGUCUAAGGAUGGUUGAUGAGGAAAAAUCAAAUCAUCUUUUGGGCGUGGAGGUAAGAGACUAACAAGUGAUGCGUAUAUUAAGUCAAUAUCUCCACAUGUAUGCGUCUGUUUCGUUAGUCCUCACACAUAGUAUAUGUCAAGCUCACAAGUGAACCAUUCGAGAAAGAACACGGACUUGUACAUGCAUCUGUAAUCAGCACAACCCUCAUGUGAGGCUUUUUAUACUGUGCUACACCUGCCUGGAUGUUGUAUAGAAUUUCACACACUCUUUUUUUUUCUUUAUCCUGCAUUUUAUGUCUUGACUGCUUUGAAUUAUUUUCUUUUUUUUCAUUAAAAUCUUCAGACAGUUUGUUUUUUCUGUAAUAUCAUUGACAUACGGCUAGCAUACAAUUAUUUGCCAAGGUUAAGCGCUAACUUUCAGUUGAUGUCUUCAGUUGUCUUCCCAGGCUUUAAACUUCUAAACCAUAAAAGUGGAUUCUCACUAUUAAAUUCUAGUCAGAGCAAGUAAUGUCAAAAAACUAAACACACACACAUAUCCACAUUUUACUUCA